AUGUCGGUUAGAAUUGAAAAACCGGAUAAACAUAUCGUUGUCAUCACCAUUGACCGACCUGAAGUGCGGAACGCGGUCGACAAGGCAACCGCACGUCAACUUGCAGACGCUUUUCGAGAUUUCGAUCACGAUCCUGAGUUAAGAGUGGCUAUUUUAACAGGAGCAGGUGGAAGGUUUUGUGCCGGCGCAGACCUGAAGGCUAUUCUUGCCAAUACCGAAGUUACCCAGUCAGACGCCACAUCCAACGCACUUGAUCCAGACAUGUCCAAGGAUGGACCCAUGGGACCCACCCGCAUGUUUUUGAGCAAACCUGUCAUUGCAGCUAUCUCUGGUCAUGCUGUAGCAGGUGGGAUGGAGCUGGCGUUAUGGGCAGACCUACGGGUGAUUGACGAUACUUCGGUGUUUGGGAUUUUCUGUCGAACCAAAGGUCGUGGCUAUCCAUCCAGACUUCCAAAGCUGAUUGGCUAUUCGGCUGCCAUGGACUUGACAUUGACAGGUCGACCUGUGUAUGCAGACGAAGCUAUGAAGCUGAACCUCGCAAACUACCGAGCCCCAAAAAAUGCCACAGCCCUUGAAGAGGCUAUCAAACUGGCACACCUACUCGCAUCCCACCCACAGCAUUGCAUGCGAAACGAUCGUGCAGCCAUGCUCGAUCGUCAGGCCGAAAUGGAGGCUCUCAAAAGAGAAUUUGACCACGGUUUGAAGACUUUACAGUCAGGGGAAUUUCGUUCAGCCGUCGGUCGAUUCCUCGGUAAGCUGUGA